GUAAUUGUUUUACGCACUUUAAUACAACGGUUGUAUUUUCCGUAAGUUUUAGAGUAUUUUACCUCUUUUAUUUUAUUUGUUGUGCGAUGAACUUUUUCUACGUGUUGAUUGGCUGUAAGAUAGAGGAUUUUGGAGCGCUUGAAGAGCAAGAACGCUCCGAAGAAUCGCGCGACGCGCAUGUGCGAGAGGUCCUUAUUGUGCCCCAGCUGUGCCGGAGAAUCGGAGAGGUUGUAAUUUUGAUACUCGCGUUUCUCUCUCGAGAAAAGCGAAUUUCUUCCUAGUUGCGCAAUCCAAUUUUUUUUUGUCGGCACAAUGGCGCUCAGUAGUGCAACAACAUCGAAAUUGAGGAACAGGGAUUGCGCGAAUAAAAUCAAACACGGCUCGCCUAAGCUGCAGGAUGUGCUACGAGAGAGAUGUCGCCAGAGAAUGCGAGAGAAGCGGGAUCAAUUAUUUAACGAGCAUAGAUUCCGCUUGGAUCCUAAAUCAAGACAUAUGCAGGACACAUUGACGGAAAUAGUACAUCAAGAAUUUAAGAAUCUGACAACAUCAGACGGCAAAGGGACAUUUAGAUUGAUUGACGAGCCUCUGACUCAGGAAGAGGCGAUUGAACUAGAAAACGAAAUUAUUCAUGAGCAAGAACAAUGGAUAUUCCAAGAAUACGAGAAGCUUUUGCAAGAUGAGGUUGAAUACUUGACGACGUACACCAAUGAUAACAGAGAGGUAUUCUGUCCCAUGUGCCAGAAAGCAAUACUAACGGAAGAAGAUAAUUGUGUGAGUUGCCCGGUUUGUGGACUAAAAUUGACAGGUCGUACCAUGCAGGAAGUGGGACAUUUAAUCAAUAAGAGUGUAAAUAACCAUGCAUUCAGUUGCGUCAAGACGCCGAUAUUCGUGGUAAUGCCUGAUAAUUGUGAUCUCAAUUUGUAUUUGAUAUGCCACGACUGUUCCACCUUGGCACAGAUUUGUUGAUUAUUUAACUGGUGGUCUUUAAUUUUUAAAAAUUAAAAAUCUGCUGAAUAAUUAAUAUACUUUUACACAAAGACUUUAAAUGCUGUCAAUAUCAAUGUCCAAAGAUGGAGGUAAUAAUAAAAUAAACAUGAUAAUUGUAAACAAAUAUAAUUGUAAUUAUAAAUUUGUAUUAGGACAAGCCUUAAUUAUUCUGAUAUUAGGCUUUUUUGUAAGAAAAUAUUUAUAAACUUAAUUUAUGCAUACUUUGUUUCAAUUUAUAUAAAAUACAAUAAAAAAAGUUACCAAGUUA